GGUGUGUGCGUGGAAUCAGUAUGAUGAGACUUAGAGAGAUGCAAGGUUCAGGGGGAGAAACUUCACAAACUCGUCGUUAAAAUCUCGAUCCUGAUGAUCGAGUACUCAACUUGAUGGUUGAGUGGAUUGUACUCUUUUUCCCUUGAGUGAGUUUUCCUGAUGUUUCUCACACGAGGUUUUUGACGAGGCAAUUCGUGCAAUACAACAACGUAUACUGUGUGCUCUUUUUCCAUAUUUUUUCCCACUGGGUUUUUCGGAGUUUCGAGGCAUGGAUAUACGGAUAAUUACCCAAGGGGGAGUGUUGGGAAACUGGGCCCCCUCGAGGGGUGGCGGCGGCCGCGUGCGUAUCGCACGGGCUAGCCCCUCCCGUUUCCACACUUUACGUUAAGUGGGUACUUAUCCCUUGACCCUUUACCCCUAUAUAAAGAGACGAUGAGCAAUCAUUGUAACCCCUGAUCAUUGAUUAAUAAAGAUAGUCUCCUUCGUACUUCCUUGUGUUCAUCUACUUUUGCGUAUUCGACUACUUCGUCUACGACGCUUGCAUUCGCUCCGCAACCUCGGACCGGACUCGCCGGCGGAGUUGCGGAACAAAGAAGAUCAGAAGUCGGGAUGGACUUACGAGAGAGCCGCCACGGUAACAUUUUUUUUUUAGGAUGUAUAACAUUUUAACUUUCGAUGGUACAUCAACGCUCCACAUCUUAGCCCAUGAUUUCAAACCGCUCGAUCAAGAAAAAAAGAAAAACACGACACCUAGAUAGCGCGGGCGCAGGGCAAUUUACGCACCCAACACGUCUCCUUGGACCGACCUCUCGUUUCAACAAGGCCGGUUUAGAAACCCCGCGGCCCCUCUUCCCUCCGCUCACCUACUCAACGGCCACGUAUGCGUAACGUAUAACCUCUCCAUUCUAUCUGCCCCUACCUCCGUCCGUCCCCCACGACGCGCGACGCAGCCGCUUCACUCGCCUCCGCGCUGCGUACAUAACCACCACCCCGCGCGCCGCACGGACGGCUCGCAACUCGCAACGCCAGUUGCGCGGCGGCUCCAACUCGACUCGAUCCUCUGCAGGGAGGCCAAGAAAAUCAAGGUCGAGCCGAGCGAGCGAUCUCGAGCCCUCCCUCGACCGAUGCAUCCGCUCGUGGGGGCGCUGCUGGUGGGGGCCGGGGAGCGGUGGUGGUGGCCGUGCUGGGGCCCGGCGGCGCGCCACGCCGCGGCGUGGGCCGGCGCGCUGGCGCUGGCCGUGUCGGUGGCGUCGUUCGCACCGGAGGCCGCGUUCGUGUGGGCGCUGGCCGGCGGCGGGUGCGCGGCCGGGUCGGUGCGCGUGCCGCUCGACGGCGGAGGGGACCACGUCUGCGUGCCGGCGAGGAUGGCCGGCCGGACCUGCGCCGACAUCAUCGUGCCGCCGGCAUUCGCGGCACUCUCCGUCGGUGCCUCCGCGUGCUUCGUCCGGGCGAUCGCCGUCGGCCGCCGCCACGGCUAUUAGUCGUCAUUGGAGCAAGCCCGUGUGGCCGUGUCCUUCCCCUCUGCUGUGCGACGCACGCCUCCCGCUUCUGAACACGCCCCGGCUUCGUUUUCUCUCGGUCAUAGAUGAUGUUCAUUUUUUUGGACACAUUGAUGAUACUCGGUGGUUAAUCUGAAAUAUUCUCACAAGAAACAACGGAGAUAUGCACA